ACAAAAGAUAAUGAGCUUUUACGAACUAUUUUCGGCAUGGUAAAACAAUGGGUUGUCAAUAAUAUUCAACCUUUUCCCACCGUUGAAGAAAAGGCAAUCAUUUUAGACAAAAUGUUAUGCUUUGAAUCUCUAGAUGACAAAAGUUUAUUUGAGGACUACUUAAAUCUCGUUAUUUCCAUAUACAGUGAUCAGUCGUUCGCCAGAUCCGAAUUGACGUUAAAAUUGGAGAAAGCUUUUCUCACUGGUACUCGGGAUCCGAAUCCUAAGAUUCGUAAUCAAUUUAUGGCAAUUUUUGAUCGGAGCAUGGCAAAAUCGUUAUCCACACGUUUAAACUAUGUCAUAGCCGAACAAAACUGGGGACACCUGGCAGGCUAUUUUUGGAUUCACCAGGCUUUAGACAUUCUUCUUGGUUCAAUUUUCAAUAAGAAAAGGAUAUUACCACCGAAUCAUAGUUUGCAAACAAAGUCAAUUGCUUCUCUUGGCGGAGAUUGUUAUUCGGAUUCAUUUUCUGUGGAUGCUAGCGAAGAAUUUGAAACAUUCUUGGAAAAACAUCGGGAGUUUCUGCGUGAGAUGAAAAAAAUGAAAGUGAGUGAUCUGAUGUCACACUUAAAACAACUUCAUUAUUUGGAUGACCUUGUGGCGUAUAAGUUAUGGGUGGAUCUUUUUCCUCUUUGCUGGAGUGCAAUUCCUUCCAGAGAACGACAGGAUAUGUCAUACAACUUAGUGUCUCUUUUGUCUAAAGAUUAUCAUUCCACUCAAACAGACUUGAGGCCAAAUUGUAUUCAAGCUUUAUUAGAUGGUAUAUCGCGUUGUUAUCCGGCUAUUAGGUUGCCGCCGCAUUUGGUUAAAUACCUCGGAAAGUCCCAUGGCGCAUGGCACACUGCAAUCGAAAUUCUCCAGCAUGAUGUCAUCGUAGGUAUCAGAGAUGACGAUAAAUUUAAUGAAGGAACUUCCGAUGCAUUGGCUGAUCUCUAUUCUACAUUGUCAGAAGAUGACAUGUUUUAUGGAUUAUGGAAGCACCGGUGUAAAUUUACAGAAACAAAGGUUGCAUUGUCAUACGAACAGUAUGGAAAUUGGGCGCAGGCUCAAAUCGCAUAUGAGAAUGCUCAGACAAAGACACGAUCAUCAGGGCAACUAAUUAAUGAACCUGAGUACCUAUUGUGGGAGGAUCAUUGGAUAAUGUGUUCUCAAAAAUUACAACAAUGGGACAUACUGACUGAACUUGCAAAAAAUGAGAAUAAUGCAGACUUGAUGAUUGAAUGCGCAUUUCGUUCGCCCGAUUGGUCCGCUGACAAGGAAUAUUUGGAGCAAAUUAUUCAAACGAUGUCGGAAUCAUCGACCCCUCGACGAAAGAUGUUUGAAGUUUUUAUGAAUUUAAUCAAAUCCCAGCAUACAAAUAAUUUCGAAGAUUUUAAGAAAUCUUCCGAAGAAGCGCAUCAGUUGACCUUACGGAAAUGGUACACACUUCCCAACGUUGUCUCUCACAGUCACAUUCCGUUGUUGCAUACUUUUCAAUUGCUGGUGGAGUUUGAUGAGGCCACAAAAAUGUUCACAUCGUUGGCAAAUAUAAAUUUGCAAAAUGCGGACACGAAGGCCGGUGAACUUAAGAGUGUUUUACAAAGUUGGAGAGAACGAUUGCCAAACAUGUGGGAUGAUAUAAAUAUUUGGAGUGACAUAGUUGCUUGGAGACGACACGUUUUUAAUGUUAUAAAUAAAUCAUUUGCCCAAUUUCAAAUGCAACCCACCAAUAACACGAAUGCGAAUUAUCCUUUCCGCGGUCACCACGAAACGGCAUGGACUAUUAAUAGAUUUGCUCAUGUGGCAAGGAAGCAUCAACUCUCAGAGGUGUGCGUGAAUUUCUUGCAACUUAUUUAUUCCUUGCCAAACAUAGAGAUCCAAGAGGCAUUCUUAAAAUUAAGGGAACAAACAAAAUGCCAUUAUCAGAAUCCUGGUGAAGUUUCUAACGCCUUGGACGUCAUCAGCAAUACUAAUUUGAAUUAUUUUGGAAAUCAACAAAAAGCCGAAUUUCACACUUUACGAGGAAUGAUACUGGCAAAAUUGGGUAGAAGCGCCGAGGCUAAUGAGAGUUUUUCUCGUGCGGUUCAGGUGGAUAUGCGUCUUCCUAAGGCUUGGGCCGCAUGGGGAUAUUAUAACGACCGUAAGUUCAAAAGGGAACCCGGUGACAUAUAUUUGGCGGCCAACGCCCUGAGCUGUUAUCUGCAAGCUGCCGGACUUUAUAAUAAUCCCAAAUCAAGGAAGUUGCUAGUUC